CAUACGACUAGAUCAGCCAAAGAGCAUUCUCCCGUGCGCACGAUUACACCGACCGAUUUUACAUUAAUCAAACGCUGAAACGAGAAAUGGACCCUUUUUCAGCUGAAGGAGAGCUCCUAAACAUCCACAAUGCUUUCCACCAAGGCCAAUAUCAAGAAGUAGUCGAUUUCGAUACCUCCUCUUUCUCUCCUGAAAAUAGCCUCACUGCUCGUGUUCUUAAACUGCGUGCUAGAAUCGCACUCGGACAAACCCAGGAGGUCCUUGCAGAUGUUGAGAGCCAAGAUCAAGAUGUACCUGAUCUGGCAGCUGUUAAGGUGCUGGCGCAACAUGUUGCGGGAGACGAAGCUGAAGCACUAAAAGGAGCAGAGGAACUUAUAACGAAUCACUCGGAUAAUACAACCACUCAGGUUCUUGUAGGAACAGUGCUGCAGGCCCAAGGGAAGAGCGAGGACGCCUUGUCGUUAUUAUCGAAACAUCAGGGCAGCCUUGAAGCCGUCGCCUUAAUUGUCCAAAUCCACCUCCAACAAAAUCGCACGGAUCUUGCGCUGAAGGAAGUCCAGGCCGCACGACGGUGGGCUCAAGAUUCGCUUCUCGUCAACUUGGCUGAGUCCUGGGUGGGCUUGCGAGUGGGUGGUGAAAAAUACCAAUCCGCAUUUUACGUCUACGAAGAACUUGCCUCUGUGCCUAACACAUCGUCACCGCUUUCAAUCGUAGGCCAAGCCGUUUCUGAACUACACCUAGGUCGUCUGCCGGAGGCAGAAGUCGCUCUCCGAUCAGCGCUGGAGAAAUACCCCAACGACGUUCAAUUAAUUGCAAAUUCGAUUGUUCUGAAAGUGUUGAGCGGGAAAGAUGCGACAGAGCUAACAUCAUCUCUUGAAAAGGCACAACCAGAUCACCCAUUCCUUACUGACCUGGCUGAGAAAAGCGCAUUUUUCGAUGCUGCAGCAUCGAAGUACGCAGCAAAGGUGUCUUCAUAGUAUUUCUGUUCUUUAUAAUAUAACCACUUCCAUUUCUACGUUAACAUCAUUCAUUUUUCUUGAAAAAAAAUAUUCAGCUGCUAUUUUCGUCCUUUUUUUUCAGGUCUAUACUCUUUCUUUCCGUGUCCACUUAUGUAGUUCGCCAGGUUCAAGCCGUUUAAACUAUAGAACAAUCGAGCUUGAUAAACUGAAAUGAUGCCAAUGUGUCUUUCCAAUAUACUCAACCUGUAUAUGUGAAAAUUUAUGGAUUUAAUUUCUUAGCUG